AUGUCUUCAAACUCCAUGGUCCGGAAGGAAUUAUGCAAGGCGGUGGAUGCAGCAGUCUGCUUAUCCUCGGGGUAUCACCCGCAGACCAACGGCCAGACGGAGCGGGCCAACCAAACCCUGGAAUCGAAGGACGUCCGGGCAGCGCUGAACCGGUCCGCGGCACAUAACAAGCAGCUCGCGGACCGUCAUCGCUCCCCGACGCCCAAAUAUAAGGUGGGUCAAUCCGUCUGGCUCUCUUCCCACGACCUUCCUCUUCAAACAGAGUCCCGUAAGCUCGCUCCACGCUUCAUUGGUCCUUUUCCCAUCACCAAAAUCAUUAAUCCCACUUCCGUCCAGUUAAAACUGCCACAGUCCCUAAAGAUUCACCCCACAUUCCACGUCUCAUUGCUCAACCCUGUCUCCACCUGCACCCUGAACCCUCUGGCCGAACCCCCUCCACCCCCCCGGAUUAUUGACGACCAUCCGGCCUUCACGGUGUCGCGCAUCCUAGACAUAAGGCCUCGGAGGAGGGGGUUCCAGUACCUGGUCGACUGGGAAGGGUACGGGCCAGAGGAGCGGUCUUGGAUUUCCCGGAACUUAUACUCGAUCAUACCCUUUUGGACAACUUCUACGCGGCUCAACCGGGGAAGCCUGGCAGGACACCAGGAGGCGUCCAUUGAAAGGGGGGGGGGGUACUGUCAUAUACUGCCCUGCAGUUCCAUUAUAGUAGCCUGGAGGGCUCUUUGCUUCCUCUCUCUCUCCCCCCUCCCCUCUCUCUUUUCAGCAUCUGUCUCCAAUCAGCCUCAUCACCACCAGUAUUUAAGCCUGCCUGUUCCAGGAAAUCCUCGCCAAAGUAUUGCAGCCUCUCCUAGCGGUACCACAGCCCACCGUACUCAAUUGUCAUGGAAGGACACUUCCCCCAGGCAGCAUACUCCCAACAUCAGUCGCAAAAUCAGUUGGGCCACCGAAGCUGAGAUUCAAGCAGUGGCAGAUUGUUUAGGAAUAAAUAUUUUGACAUAGAAUGACACGUGGCUACAAUGUAGUUCCAAAUCUACUUACGGAAUUUACCUGGACAAUUGGCACUGGUAAU